AUGAACAAUAAUUAAGAAACAAAGAAGAUUGACAAAUAUCAUUUCUAGCUUUCAAGUGUAUUAGGACAAGGUUCUUUCGGUAAAGUUUUUAAAGGAAAGAAUACCGAAAAUGGACAAUUGGUGGCAAUCAAAAUGAUUGAGAAAAAGUAGAUUCAAAAUGAUGAAUAUUUAAUGAACGGUCUUUUUUCAGAAAUCUAAAUUAUGAAGAAGUUAAAGAGCGAAUACGUUGUUGACUUGAUUGAUGUAUUGGAAACAUCCAACAAUUAUUAUAUAAUUUAGGAAUAUUGUGACGGAGGCGAUUUCCGUUCUGAACUUAAAAAAAGAAAGAAUCUUUCUGAACAAGAAUCCCUCAAUGUCAUGAAGGAUUUAUUGAAUGGCUUCAUGGAUCUCCUAAAGAAUGGUAUCAUUCAUAGAGAUCUCAAGCCUGAAAAUAUAUUAAUCAAGGGCAAUUAGCACAAGCUUGCAGACUUUGGUUUCGCUCGUACUGUUGAUAACUUCUAAAGAUAAAUGCUUACCUCCUUGGUUGGUACUCCCCUUUAUAUGAGCCCUUAGAUUCUUAUGCAUGAAAAAUAUACAGCAAAGAGCGAUUUAUGGUCACUUGCUUUCAUUUUUUAUGAAAUGCUUUACGGAAAAACUCCUUACACUGCUAACUCAUAAUACCAACUAGUAAAGAACAUUUAAACAAAACCUCUUGAGUUCGACCCUGCAUACAAUGUCUCUGAUCUCUCCAAGGAUUUCAUAACUAGAUGCUUAAAAAUAGAUGAAAAGGAUAGAAUGGAAUGGACUGAUGUGUACAAACAUCCUGUAUUCUAAGGAUAUUUUUAGAAAUUUACUAGCCAAUUCGAUUAAAUGGAAGAUAAGGCUAAGUACAUUAUAAAUGAGUUGAGAUAGAAUAUAUACAAGAAUCGUAUCGAUCUAGAAGAUCUUUUCAAGAAGUACGACUUCUCCCACGAUUCAAAACUUGAAAUGAAGGAAUUUUCAAAGUUAAUGAAAAGCAUUGAUAAUACAUUAGAUAGAUCGGAAAUCGAAUACAUUUUCAAUAAAUUUGAUGACGAUAAAGACAACACUAUCAGUUUUGAAGAAUUUACAAAGUGGCUUUCAAAUAACGAUGUAGUAAUGAGUACAAAAAUGAAUGCCUAGGUUCCAACAACUCAAGCCAUAACGAGAUAAAAUACAUAAACCGGAACUAAUUUAGUUAGCAAUUCAGGAAAUAAUUCUCCUGCUAGUUAAUAAGCCCCCAUGCCAAUCCAAUAAAAGCAAAGUGGAUUUGCAUAAAAUUUCUUAAAUAAUUAGAAUUAGAAUUUGAGUCACAGCAGAAGGGAAUCCGUUGAAAGAGCAAAUUAUGCAAUCAAGAAGUUACAAUUUGCAAUUUAAAAAUACAACAUAAAUCUUGGAGAUUUAUUCAGUAAGUAUGAUAAAUCAGAUGAUAAGCAGUUGGACAUCAGUGAGUUCUCAAAGCUUUUAAAAAAGGUUGACCCAGAUUUAACUGAAGAAGAAUUAAAUUGCACAUUCACAAUUUUUGACAAAAAUGGUGACUAAAGUAUUACCUUUAAUGAGUUUUUCGAGACUCUCCAAGAAAUCUCAUACUACUCUUUACAAUAGUAGAGAGUAUAACAAUAGCAAUAGUUUGUUCACCCUAAUUAAUAGCACAUUAGUUACUCUCAAUAAUAGCAAAAAUAUCCUCCCUAAGUGCAAUAGCCAUAUUACCCCUAAGGAUAACCCAAUUAAUAUUACCCUUACUAACCUCCUCCUCAAAAUGGAGGUGUGAUUCCUAUGGUUCCUCCUAAUAACUUUUAAAAUAAUAUGAGCAAUCACUCUCAAUAGCAAUAAUUCCCCCCUUAAUAUAAUAACAACUAUUAUGAUUAACGUUGA